GACGACGACGUGCACGAGGAGAGCUGGUGCGCCACUGCGCUGCAGAGGGAUGGCGACGAGCCGGCGCUCCUCGAGACGGUGCCCUUCGAGACGGUACCCCUCAGAGGCCAACGUCCCCGGAGGGGGCCUGCGAUGCCAGUACCGAAGGAAGCCCCGCUCAGGCGCCUCCGGUCUGCGGCGUACUGGGAGCAGAAAGCCGCCGCCGCCGGGCGGCCGGCGUGCUCGCCGUGGGAGAUGGGAGUGAAGCAGUGCCGCCCGUGCUUCGACGAAGAGGGCUGCCUCGGGCCCCAGGCGGCCCCGACGCCGGCAGCAGAAGGCGCCGCAGGCGCUGGCCCAGCGGCGGCCGCGCCGCCGGCAGCAAGAGCCGCCGAGGGCGAAGGCGCGGCUGGCAGCCCCAAGAGCUUGGCGGGCGCCAUCUCGAGGGAGUUGCGCCGCGCGGCGCUGGUGCCGGACCACUCGGGGCCGUUCCACUCGGUGCCGCUCUGA